AAUCGACAUGAAAAAGCUAAUAACUAGUUAAGAAGGCAGUUUGUAACUCUGGAAAAGAGUGCAGAGCUUGGAGACAUAAGAGAACGAGGACACACUGGUGAACAGAAAAGAGUGAUUUGGCAGUGGAGCUGUGAGAAACACUGCAGCGUCCGGGGGAAGAUAACUUUGUAACGGGACCAUGGUGCAGCACACAGACAACAGCGAGACGGAGGGUAGCAUGUCCAGGGAUGCUACCGACUCGGAGGAGAGUGAAUUUAUGGCGUGCAGCCCGGUACCGAUCAACCCCGACUGGUGCAAGACAGCAACUGGUCAUAUCAAAAGACCAAUGAACGCUUUUAUGGUUUGGUCGAAAAUUGAGAGGAGAAAGAUCAUGGAGCAGUCUCCGGACAUGCAUAACGCAGAAAUUUCCAAACGGCUGGGAAAGCGGUGGAAGAUGCUGAAGGACAGUGAAAAGAUUCCCUUCAUCAGAGAAGCCGAAAGGCUCCGGCUAAAACACAUGGCUGACUACCCCGAUUAUAAGUACAGACCCAAGAAAAAACCAAAGCUUGACGGUUCAAAAUCAUCAGCACCAUCUCCGGAGAAAUGCGGAAAAAUGGCGAAAACUCCUGGCAAGAAAUGCGCGAAAAUAAAGACUAAGACCGGUUCUAAAUCAUCCCAUGGUUAUGGAGAUGACUGUGUAUUCCCAAACUUAAAAGUUACAAAGACUGUCAAAAGUGAACCAAGUGAUGAUGAGGACGAUGAUGACUACGAGGAGGACUUUCGUAUGCGGAUUAAACGAGAGGACGAGGAGCAGAUGAGGCCAUAUAAUGUAGCAAAAGUUCCCGCGAGCCCAACUUUGAGCUCCUCUGCUGAGUCCGAGGGGACGAGCAUGUAUGAAGAGGUACGGAAUGCGGCACCGAACAGACUGUUUUACAAUUUCAAGAACAUUACAAAGCAGAGCACAAUGUACCCUGCUUCAGUUUCACCAGCAUCAUCGCGGUCUGUUUCCACAUCUUCCAGUUCCAGCGAGGACGCGGAUGACUUGCUUUUUGACUUCAGUUUAAAUUUCGCCCCUAACUCUCAAGGCUCAGAGCUGGGCAACCCGAAUUCAGGAAAUCUCUCCCUCUCUCUUGUGGAUAAGGACUUGGACUCUUUUAGCGAGGGCAGUCUGGCUCUCACUUCGAAUUUCCAGACUAUUGCACACCAGAGCUCAGUGAAAUGAUAGCAGGGGACUGGUUGGAGGCAAACUUUUCUGACUUGGUGUUCACUUACUAAAUUGAAAAGAUCCGAGUAAUAACAGAGAAGAAGAAAUUAAAUUAUACGUCCCGUUCAAGUUGUUCCUAGCCCUGCCUCCUCUGUGGUUUGUUGGGGUCUGGGGGAGGAGGCGAGGUGAGGUUUGAGGAAUUAGAUGCUUAUGAAGCUGGUACUGUAGCAAAAAAGUCUGCAGACGUUUUUCUGGCAGCAUGACAGGGUUUUAUGGAUUUUUCUGUAGGUCUACAAUUACUGUUCAGCUAAAACGGACCACAAAGGGAAAAAUCUGUGAACUUCUAUGCAUCUUAUCCUCUUAAAACUGCAGGGAAGUGAAAACGUAGGACUGUGGACUGACUCAAAGCAAAUCUGUGAACUGACAAUGUUCAGGAUGUUACUUUACAACGGUUUAUGUAAUUUCUAUAUGCCGCAGACGUUUGUUUUUUGUAACUGAUUCCGUUUACCUCCUGAUUUAAAAAUUAAGCAGCCUAAACCUCUUCAGAAUACAGUUGUGGGGGAAACAUUUUGAUACAUAACAGACCUCAUCUUUUUAAAAGAAAGUAAGAUAUUUUCAGGCAUAUUUUUGUACAGUAAAAAGGGAAUGUUCUUACUGUGCUUUCAGUGAGUUUCAGGCACUUCUUCCCUUUAUCAUUUGUUUUAGCAUGCAAGGGAGUCCUGGUUUUAAGGAUUAAGUUAAAUUAAAACUUGCAUCAAAAUGCCUUGUGAUUUUAAGCUAGGUUUUUGUACAGUUGUAGAGCAGAUUUGUUGAGUAUUUGUAGACGAUACAAUGGCAUCAUGGGGAACACAUACCUCAGUGCUGAAACUAGUUUCAAGAUUGUAUAUGUACUGUAAUAUAGUAAAGCUAGGAGUUUAUGUAUAUCAUACUCGUGAUAUGUGGAUGGGUCCCAAAUCGCAGGUGUGAAACUGGAUUUUGGUAUUUUUUAUGGCACAUACUGUUUUUCCCCCCCUCAUUUUUUGUGCAAUAUACUCUUAAAUACAGACCAUCUGCAUUUUUGUAGCAAGUGAUGGAAAAACAGACAUGUGCACUGUCAACAUGCUUACCUGUCAUAAUGCUGAAACCUGCCCUGACAGGGAAAAACCCAAUCAGCUGGAACUGAUACAAAAUGACAAAAUACGGCCGUGUGGUGUGAUGCAUAGGUAAAAAACAAACAAAAUGUCCCGAUUUGAAUGUUAUUAGACUCACCUGAUUGGAUAUUAGGCAUGUAACCAAAACAAAGUGAAUCUGACCCAAAAUGUAAAGAGAAAGAAGUGCUGAAAUAGGUAUGUUACUAUGUGGGUGGUCUGGCAUAGGUCAAACAAGCAAAAAACAUUCCAUAGUCCUGUUUCAUGAAAUGAAACUUAUUUUCAACUGAAGACUGCCUUCUUUUCUUAAGACAUUUACCACAAACCUGUAUUUUUAUUUCUUGCACUUAAAACAGAUAUUGUUUAUUUUUAUGUGGGUCUUACAUAUGAAGUCUGUUUGGUUACAAGGUUUGGAAUAUGACCUAAUUAUAUGCCAAGACAUAUUGUUGGAGUUCUAGGCAGUAGUUACUUCACAUUCCAAGUGUGAAUCUCUCUUUGACUCAUCUUUUAAUAAACAAGUACAUACCACCA